AUUUAAGUACAUUUGAAAGAAAAGGGGUCCAACAAAGAAAGUUGAAAAGGAAUCAUUGGAAAAAGGAGGAAGAGAAUCAAUGGGGGUGCCACCUUCAAAGCCCUGUUUCUAUAAGGGAACUUCUAGUCAUCUGAGGUUGCAUGCAUUUGUAGAAGUUGCUACUAUUUGGAAGGCAGUAGUAACGAUAAAGCUCUUCCUCAUUAUUGCCAGUGGAAUUUACCUGAUCAGUUACUGAACCUAGUUUCAGAAUGUUUAAUCUUAAGUGUAUACUUGGGGGCAUUAGUCUUUAAUAACAAUCAGGAAUAUUUCUCUCCAACUUCAUGUUAUUUCAAUUCUUGCUAGAUUUUCAAUACCUCCUAUCUUGAGCCACCACCGGAUGGAUAUGAGAAUGUUACGGGUAUUGUUCCACCAUAUAAUGCUUUCUCUGCCCAAGGCACACCAGAGGGGGAUCUUAUAUAUGUGAACUACGCUCGUACGGAAGAUUUUUUCAAACUGGAAAGAGAGAUGAACAUCAACUGCAGUGGAAAGAUUGUUAUUGCAAGAUACGGAAAAAUCUUCAGAGGAAAUAAAGUUAAAAAUGCCAUGUUAGCAGGAGCCAUAGGAAUCAUCUUGUAUUCAGAUCCAGCGGAUUACUUUGCCCCUGCGGUACAGCCAUAUCCUAAAGGAUGGAACCUUCCUGGAACUGCAGCACAGAGAGGGAAUGUGUUAAAUUUGAAUGGUGCUGGGGACCCGCUCACUCCAGGCUAUCCAGCUAAAGAGUACACCUUUAGACUUGAUGUCAAAGAAGGAGUGGGAAUUCCCAAGAUCCCAGUACAUCCUAUUGGGUAUAAUGAUGCAGAAAUAUUACUACGUCACAUGGGAGGUACCGCUCCACCAGAUGACAGCUGGAAGGGAAGUCUUAAUGUGAAUUAUAACAUUGGGCCUGGCUUUGCAGGGCAUGGUUCCUUCAGGAAGGUAAGAAUGCACGUUCAUAACAUCAAUAGAAUUACAAGGAUUUACAACGUAAUUGGAACGAUCAGAGGAUCUGUGGAACCUGACAGGUAUGUUAUUCUAGGAGGUCAUCGCGACUCCUGGGUGUUUGGAGGUAUUGACCCAACCAGUGGGGCUGCUGUUCUGCAAGAAGUUGCCCAGAGUUUCGGAAAACUGAGGAGUGGAGGCUGGAGACCUAGGAGAACUAUCAUUUUUGCGAGCUGGGACGCAGAAGAGUUCGGGCUGCUGGGUUCCACAGAAUGGGCUGAGGAGAACGUAAAAAUACUCCAGGAGAGAAGCGUUGCUUAUAUCAACUCAGAUUCAUCUAUAGAAGGCAAUUAUACUCUCAGAGUUGACUGCACACCCCUUCUUUACCAAUUGGUAUAUAAACUGACAAAAGAGAUCUCCAGCCCAGAUGAUGGUUUUGAGAGUAAAUCUCUUUAUGAAAGCUGGUUGGAAAAGGACCCUUCAUUUGAAAAUAUAAAUUUUCCUAGAAUCAACAAACUGGGAUCUGGAAGUGAUUUUGAGGCUUAUUUUCAGAGACUUGGAAUUGCUUCAGGCAGAGCCCGUUACACUAAGAAUAGGAAAACAGAUACAUACAGCAGCUACCCAUUAUACCAUACGAUUUAUGAGACGUUUGAAUUAGUAGAGAAUUUCUAUGAUCCCACAUUUAAAAAACAGCUUUCUGUGGCUCAGUUACGAGGAGCACUGGUUUACGAGCUUGCAGACUCUGAAAUCAUUCCUUUCAAUAUUGAAGACUAUGCAAAAGCUUUGAAAAACUAUGCGACAAGUAUCUACAAUUUAUCUAAGAAACAUGACCAACAGUUGAGAGACCACGGAGUAUCAUUUGAUUCUUUAUUUUCUGCUGUGAAGAACUUCUCAGAUGCUGCUUCGGAUUUUCACAGAAGACUUACACAAGUGGAUCUUAAUAAUCCCAUUGCAGUGAGAAUCAUGAACGACCAACUGAUGCUUCUGGAGAGAGCGUUCAUCGAUCCCCUUGGUUUACCAGGGAGACGGUUCUACAGGCACAUCAUCUUUGCUCCAAGUAGCCACAACAAAUAUGCUGGAGAAUCAUUUCCUGGGAUCUACGAUGCUCUGUUUGAUGUUGAAAAUAAAGAAGACUCUCGUUCAGCCUGGAGAGAAGUAAAGAAACACCUUUCUAUUGCAGCCUUUACAAUUCAAGCAGCAGCAGGGACUCUGACAGAAGUAUUAUAGUAAGGUCUCAGUCAAGUGGCUAGCCAUUGAAAGUGUUACUGAAAGUCUGAGGAUAAAAUUCUUCCUAGUUUUUUGAUAACUCACAAUGCCAGAGUAUUCUAUAAUCUUUUCAUAUCAUGUUUUGAUUUUAGUGUUCCAUCCUGUCCAUCUGUAAAGAGAUCUUUUGGCUCUUUAAAAAUUCAUAACUUCAUCACCGAAGCAUUAAUAAAACAAAACCCCAGUGAUGGGGCAGAAACAACAUAAAGUAACUGAAAAUUCCCUUAAAUAAAACAUGGUAAGGAACUUGGAAUUCUCAGACAUUGCUGGUAAAAAUGUAAAAUGGUACAGGCAGAAGAAUACCUAAGAGUUGGUUAGUUUCUUAUAAAAUUAAAAAUACAGCGGACCCUUGAACAUGGUUCUGAACUGCACACAUCCACUUUCACCUGGAUUUUUUCUCAUACAGAACUGUGUAUGUAUGUUCUCUUCUUGAUGACUGUAACAGUUUCUCUAGUUGUAAAAAUACAGCAUAUAAUAAACAAAA